UCUCUGAGCAUAACUCAUGCGGCCCAAAUCCCAUCGAAGUUAUUGUUACUCUGCAAAUCCUGUUGGCCUUACGCUUAUAUUCUCAUCCACCUCCUAUCCAUAUCCCUAUAUUACGGAAAUGCUCCUGGCUUCUGUGAAUCCUGCACAGUUGCCGUGCAAGCUUGCAGGUGGUUUAGGUGGUGGUAGAACGUAGUGGAUGACCACCAGUGGGAUCUGAGGAGCCAUGGUUGAGGACACUCCCACUGUUGAAACUGAGGAGCAAGUGGAUCUUGAUGGUGACAACUACAUUGAAGAGAUGAUGGAUGAUGAUGUUGAAGAACCAACAGAGGAGGACAGAGUUGAAGGAGGUGAGGAUGAACUUGCGGAUGAGGAGCAAGAGGCUUCAAAAACUGAGAGCAGAAAUGAUCCAUCUUUGGAAACCGAUAAAAUUCACCAUGCUGUUGAAUCCGUGGAGGAUGGGGAGAAGCCUGCCCCUCCUAUCGAUGAAGAAGACAAAGAGAAAUUUGCUGAGCUUCUUGCCCUUCCUGCUCAUGGUUCUGAGAUCUUUAUUGGUGGCCUUCCUCGUGAAGUCACAGAAGAUGAUUUGAGGGACCUCUGUGAACCAAUUGGCAAUAUUUCAGAGAUAAGGCUGAUGAAGGAUAAGGACAGAGGAGAAAGUAAGGGUUAUGCUUUUGUAACAUUUAAUUCAAAGGAUUUGGCCAAAAAAGCCAUUGAAGAGCUCCAUAACAAAGAAUUUAAGGGAAGAACCUUAAGGUGUUCACUCUCUCAAACUAAACACAGGUUGUUCAUUGGCAACAUCCCGAAGAGCUGGUCAGAGGCUGAACUUAGAAAAGUCAUUGAGGAGAAUGGUCCCGGAGUUGAAAACAUUGAGCUAUUGAAGGAUCCACAAAAUCCGAGCCGCAACCGGGGUUUUGCAUUCAUUGAGUAUUACAAUAAUGCCUGUGCUGAUUAUGCUCGACAAAAAAUGUCCAAUGUGAAUUUUAAGUUGGAUGGCAACACUCCCACCGUCAGCUGGGCUGAUCCUAAGAGUGCACCUGAUUCUUCUGCUGCGGCCCAGGUGAAGGCUCUUUAUGUGAAAAACUUGCCCGACAACACUACAACUGAGCAAUUGAAGGAAUUAUUUCAACGGCAUGGGGAAGUUACAAAAGUUGUUCUGCCUAUUGCUAAAGCUGGGCAGAGCAAGCGGGAGUUUGGAUUCAUCCAUUUUGCGGAAAGGUCAAGCGCACUGAAGGCUGUUAAAGAAACAGAGAAGUAUGAAAUUGCUGGCCAAGUAUUGGAUGUUUCCCUUGCUAAGCCUCAGAAUGACAAGAAAAGUGAUGCAGCUUUUUCCUAUAAACCGGGAGCUGUUCCGAAUUACCUUCCUUAUGCUGGCUAUGGUUUGGUGGGGAAUCCAUAUGGAACUCUAGGCUCAGGAUAUGGUGCUGCUACUGGAUUUCAGCAGCCAGUGAUAUAUGGCAGGGGGCCAAUGCCAGCUGGUAUGCAAAUGGUGCCAAUGGUUCUACCUGAUGGUCGGAUUGGAUAUGUUCUUCAGCAACCUGGUGCACCUGCAUCAGCCAUGCCAGGAAGAAUGAUCGAAGCAGCGGCUCUGGUGCACUGCAAGGACGAGGAAGUGGUGAUGGCAACCGUAGCCGAAGGUACCAUCCUUACUAGCACUAGCCAAAAGGACGGUGACAUCUUCUAGUCGGAUAAGUAGCUAAGAAGUAACACAAAGAAGAUUAAGUGGUUUACUUCGUGCUU